AAUAUAGUACGGAAUACGCGAAUCGCGAGUGAAGAUGUCCCAGACCCUGGACGACCUGCUGUUGCGCCAGGAGCACGCCCGCCAGCUGCGUCAGGCCUCGCGCUCCAAGUUCCGGCGGAUCAACUCGCUGGAUUUGAUACCGGAGCAUCCCAGUCAGUCGGAGGAGGAGGAGGAUAAGGACUCGCAGACGCCCCAUAAACAUUUUGUGACCCUGAGAAGGCAGAGAACUGCGGAUGGGAGUCUUCUUAGGAGUCAAUUCCAGACGCAGACGCCUCUGCAAGCGAAUCUGGGAACUCGAGUGCUGCUCUUUGGACCCCAAUUGCUGAUGAGAUUGGUUCUUACCAUCCUGAGAUAUGUGCUCUAUAUACCCUUGUCCAUUGCGGCACCUAGCUUCUGGCUUUCGGCGCUGCUCUGGAUCUUCUGGAAACUCUUGAGAGUGCCCAUUGCCCUGGUCAAGUGGCUACUGAGUGGCGAGGAGGAACUGGGUGCAGUGCAGCGGCAGAAGACCAUACUCCUCAGUUGCGGCAGCACCAUACAGACGCUUCAUUUGGCCAGGAACUUCUAUGGAUCCGGUGCUCGAGUGGUGGUCUUUGAAUUUGAGGGUCUGUUUGGAUUGGCCAGGUUUUCAACGGCGGUGGAUAAGUUCUAUGUGGUGCCGAGGCCCACUUCUAGUAAUCCCGAUCAGUACAUAGCCGCCUUGUGUCACAUUGUGAAGAAGGAGCGACCCUCGGUUUAUAUACCCGUUUGUGCCACCAGUCCCGCUUACUAUGAUUCCCUGGCCAGGCCGCAUUUGGAGGUUUUGGGCUGCGCCAGCUUUAUCCCAGGAGUACAGGAGACCCUCCAGCUGGACGACUGCCUGCAGCUCUUCCAGCGCUGCGAACAGCAACAGAUGGCUUUGCCUGCCCAUGUGGUUUUAACUGCUCCCCGGCAGCUUCAGCAGAUCUACGAGAGCGGCUUUGUGGGCAGCUAUCGGAACAUCCUGAUGGCCGCUGGGAUGCAGGGAGUCCUGGAGCGGCACAAGUACAUAUUGCCCAAUAGGAGGGCGGAAUUGAAACUGAACCAGCAUGAGAUUAGCGACAGGCAACCCUGGUUGGUGGUCAGGGAUCAGCCGGGCUAUCAUCACUAUGUGACCUGCACGACGGUCAAGGAUUCGCGGGUGGUGGCCAAUGUAAGUUGCCGGGUGGAGCAUCACACAAAGAACCUAAUCCCUGUGCCUCGAGAUGAUGAGGCGCAGAUAGAACUAUGGUUGCGAUCCUUUUUCGCCAAGGUGCGAUUCCAGAGGCCCGUAAAUGGACACAUAUCCUUCCGGCUGGUCAAGAGUCCCGCCCACGGGGGUCAGUUUGUACCGCUCGGCAGCCGACUGGGCGUGGCCCUGCCCUAUAUAUGCCAUAAUAGAUCGCAUGCCCAGUUGCUUUGCCGCGCGAUGAAGUGCAUCCAUAGAAGGGGACUCCCCGAGGACGAGCUGCCCAACUGGAGCUGGUCGGCGCUGGAGAGGAGCACCUCGAAGACGGCGCUGGACAAGCGGGAGGCUCUCUUUGCCUACUGGGAUCCACUGCCCUAUUGUGCCUACUAUCACUUCCAGUUGCCUUUAGAGAACGUCAAGCUGUUUUUGCAGCGACGGAAUCGCAACAGCGGCACGACAACCAAAAGUUUAUCGCCACGCAUCACGGUGCCGGUUCAUUGAACGGAGGAUCUGGAGCUGAGCUACUG